AUGAUCCGCAGUGGCAAAGCAGCAGGAUGGCUCUCGCUGCCCGACGAAGCACUGUUGCCUUGGGCCAUGCUCUACGAUGUGGCGUUCCACUACGUCGUACCAGGUGUGACUACCGGCAAAGGCGGAGCUCUUCUGGCGAGCGAAGAUUUCUCAAGCGAUAAUGAUCGAGACAGCCACGUGACGUUGUUGACGGUGCCUCGAGAUCUAAUAUUGUCGCUGGAGCGGGUCCUGGAGCAUAGCAAGGUAGACAGGGACUUCCGUGAAGUGCUCGAGCAGCUGGGCGACUUUGGCAGGACGCCUCGUGGUGCCAUCCUCCUCUGUCUUCUCGUACAAGCAUCUGUGUCCUGUCCACAUCUUGCGGAGCGUGUAGGCGUCCACAGCCCGUUCACAGACUAUGUCAAGUCCUUGCCUCUUGAGCUCUUACCUACAUUCUGGAAUCCAGAGGAGUUACAGCUUCUCGUUGGCACUACUCUGGCGCCAGCCGUGGCCUCGAAGCUCCGUAGUCUACGACGAGAAUACGAUAUGCUAUGUGAAGUAGCACAACACACAAGAUGGUACAGAAUAGUAUCGAGCUUCCUGGACUUCGACGACUGGCAGCAGGUCGAUGCAAUGUAUCGAUCCCGAGCACUCGACUACCCCAACAUAGGCCAUUGCAUGGUCCCUUGCGUCGAUCUAGCAAACCAUUCUGCUGGGGAAGCGACAGUGGCUAUCUACGAAAAAGAUGACGACGGUAACGCUUGCCUACUUCUCCGAGGCGGGAAGUCGGCGAGAGAAGGUGAAGAGGUGACCGUUACUUACGGAGACGAGAAAGGCGCAUGCGAGAUGCUUUUCUCCUAUGGCUUUCUGGAACAGGAUCGUACAUCGGCUGAAACUUUGUUCUUGAGCUUGACCAUACCUGAUGAUGAUCCCUAUCGAACAGCCAAGACUACAGUAGCAGACUGCGCGCCUGGGUUCAAGCUUGUUGAUGCUGGCGGUGGCAAGAUAGAGUGGACUGGUGACUUCAUCUGGCUGCUGUGCGUGAAUGCGGAAGACGGGCUCCGAUUUGAGCUUGCUCGUACUGUAGAUAGCGAGGACGAUGAAAUGCAUGCAUUCUUUGGCGAGCACGAGAUUACAAGAGGAGCCGGACAGAUUCAUGAUCUGCUCGGCCAGAGCGAGAUGUGGGAAGUGUAUCGCCUUCGAGCCGUGGCGAUUCUGCAGCAGAGAGUCUUUGCCCAGAUGCAAGUGCUGUAUAGUUCGCAGGAAGACGUGGAGGCUGUAGCACACGGCGCAGGCUCGGAUAUCAGAUCAAAGUGUUACGAGCAGGCGAUGCAGCUCGGGAGGCUUGAGUUCGAGCUGCUGGAGAAUGCCUAUGAGGAAUUCGAGCGACAGAAAGUUGAACUUGCGGAGACGGAGUGCGUGAAGAAAUACCUGGCCACCAUGGCUGUGGAUGACGAUGCACCAGGUCGAGAUGUCGCAGAAGACUUCUCCUAG